CCAGGGCCAGUCUCUGGAGGGGAAUAAGUGUGAGCAGAGCAGACAGAGCAGGUGGAAGGCAGCCUGCUCAGCUGGCCCUGCUAUCCCCAGCCCAUUGCUUGCAACAGCCUCCAGCCCGGGACGUGUCCCCAUGCAGCCCUUGAUGCUGGGUUAGAUGCUUUGUUUCCAGCCUGGACCUCGGAGUUGGAUGUUCUCCAUCACACCUCCUGGAGACCUGGUGCACACUGCCCCCAGCCGGGAUGGACGCUCAGCCUGAGCCCCUGACCUCUGAACCUGGGUCCCACGCAGGCCCUCGGUGUCUCAGCCGUGGGUCUGGGUUCAUUCAGUUUGGGCUGCUUACCUGGGGCUUUGGUGUGUCGGCUUGCUGCUUGUCCUCUGCUAUCUGGAAAAGCAAGUCUCCCUGGUCCCUGCCUCCCUUCUCAGGCUUCCCCAUCCCCAGAGGCGAUUGUCUCCCUCAGAUGAGGUGUCUGGCUCUCUUAAGAAUCUCGCUGUCGCUUUCUGAUCCCCUCCCAUCGCAUUCCAGGGCCAUAUCAUAGCUGGGCCUCACCCUCCUCUCGCCCCCCCCUCGGAGAGGGACGGGCACAGAGUGGGACUGUGGACCGGAGGGAGAAGUUGGCAGCUGAACUACUGGCAGUAGUGCAUGAAGCUGGGAGCCAUGCGGUGCCAUCUCGUCCGCAGCCUCUCAGGCGUCGCUCUCCUCCUUAUCAGCCUGGUUCUCCUGUCUGUGAGGCAUCAUGGUGUUCGGGACAGAGCCCAGUACGAAGGGCUCAGCGAGAGGGCAUCAGUGAGCCCAGCUAAAGCAUCCCCAGAGCAUAGAAGAGAAGCCAGCAGCAGCAGGCAGGGGCAGAAAGAGUCACAGGCCCCUUUGAAUGGGAGCUCUGGUGCCUCGAGAGGUCUGGAGCUUGAAGAGGUUUUCAUUGCUGUGAAGACAACCAAGAAGUUCCACCAGAGCAGGAUGGAGCUGCUCCUGGACACUUGGAUAUCCCGGGCAAGAGAGCAGACAUAUGUCUUUACUGAUGAAGAGGAUGAAGCACUGCAGAAGAGAAUGGGUGACCAUGCAGUAUUCACCAACUGCUCUGCAGAGCAUAGCCACCCAGCACUAUCCUGCAAGAUGGCUGCUGAGUUUGAUGCAUUCUUGGCCAGUGGCCAGAGCUGGUUUUGCCACCUGGAUGAUGAUAAUUACCUCAACCCACAUGCCCUGUUGAAGCUCCUAUCCUCUUACUCUCCAGCAUGGGAUGUUUACAUUGGGAAGCCCAGCCUGAACCGGCCCAUCCAGGCUUCUGAAAUGCUACCCAACAACCAGACGAAAUCUGUAUGUUUCUGGUUUGCUACGGGAGGGGCUGGAUUCUGCAUCAGCCGCAAGCUGGCAACCAAGAUGGCACCUUGGGCCAGUGGGCAUAACUUCGUGAGCACCUCAGAGCUCAUCCGCCUGCCUGAUGACUGCACUGUGGGCUACAUUGUGGAGUGCAAGUUGGGUGGGCAUCUGCUCCCCAAUGCACUCUUCCACUCCCACCUGGAGAACCUGCAACUGAUCUCCAGGCCCCAGCUCCAGGAGCAGGUCACCCUCAGCUAUGGUGUCUUUGAGAGCAAGCUCAAUGUUAUUGAGCUGAGUGGCCCCUUCUCCCAGGAGGAAGACCCCUCCAGGUUCCGAUCUCUUCACUGCCUUCUCUACCCUGACACUUCUUGGUGCCCACAGCCGAUUUUUCCGGUGAUGGCCGACCUCCUGGACUCAGAGUCACGAUGAGGCUGGCGACCCUCCGUUUGCUCUGCGUGAGCAAGAAUACAGUGGCCUGUUGUGUCACUUUUCCAAUUGAGCUGAUUCUUCCAGCCAUUAUCCACCUUCUGAAGAAGCGGAGAGCUCUCAAGCCCUGCUGUCUGUCACAUACAACACAUUCUUUGAUCUGGAAACUCCUCUCUGACCAGGAACAAGGACUUGCUGAUAAACAUUAUAUGCUCAUUGAGAGAGGCAAUUGUUAUCUCACACAGCUACAUGAGCCUAGUAACCAUGGGAUUCAAAACACUUGAAAGUGAAGCAACCCACACUUCUGGAAUAAGUGUGUGUGUGUGUGUGUGUGUGAGGUUAAGAAGAAGAUUGAAGUCUCCAGUCAAUGCAAUUGAAAUUAUUUGGUUUUCCAGAUAACCAGGACAUGAAAAAGAUUCUGACCGGAAGUGUCACAGAUUCCCAGAAGUUUAGGGCUGGAAGGGACCUCAUGAGAUCAGGUCCAGCCCCCUGCUCUGGGCAGGAAAGACUGCUGGGGUCAAAUAACCCCAGCAAGGUGUCUUCUGAGAGAAGAGAGGUGUUUACAAUUCUUUUUUAUUAACCAUUCAAGAUCUUGCUUUUCUUGUGUAUUGAGUAAUCAGAUUAAAAAAGGCAAUCCUAUUUGUCUUUGCUCCUGCCAUCCCUUUUUCAAUCAAAACAUAUCAUAGAGUGUGUGUGGGGGAAGCAGCACAACACUUUGUUUCUUGGGCAGGCAAAAUGCAAAAAAUGGAGGCUGGUGUAGGGUCAGAUCCAUGGGUAAAGUGGUACUGUUCUGUUUAUACCAACCGUGAAUCCAGCCUCAACCUUUUCAAACUUGUGGAACAUUUCCUAGCUGUACUUGCAAGUGCUGCUACUGUGGAGAGUGCUUGCUCUUGUGAAAAAGCCUAUGAACUGAUUAAAAGAGGGGAUGAGGGGUUGAGAAACUGGGGUUGCAUUAAAAUUAGAGAAGAGCCUGUUGCAACUGCUACACUACAGUAGGAGAAAGGGAAGAUCUUCUCAAAAGCAGACCAAAGGAUCUGGGAGUACUCCUGUAAGAACAGAAAGACAGCUUAAGGGGCCAUUCUCAACUUGAAAUCUGAUCAGUGUUAAAAACAUGGGGUAAAAUUAGUUUCAGGAGCUGUGUCUGCCCUUCAGGCCACUUGUCAGAUGUGGUGGCUUUGCAAUCUCAUUUUCUUAGUUUAUUAAAAUGGAGAGCUGCUUGGGGAAAACUGGCAGGGAGAAAACAGCCAACAUGAAAGUUUACAAGGGGAAUUUUUCCUCACUGCUCUUUAUUGAAAUAGUUCACACUGUGAAAUGGUUCAACAAGCUCUAUUAAAAUGUUUUUUCCCCUUCCUGGUAUUGUGAGAACAGCCCUUGUCACAGAAAUGAAACACUGGAGGGUUCAUGUGCUUAUUUUGAUGCAAUAAAUGGGCCCUGAGUCAAAGGUGUUAAUGUGACCCUAUCACUGUACAACAUUAAACAGUUAACCAUGGUUCAGUGUUUCGAGUACAGAGACGGCGGCCUGCUUAUUACCAUGGCAACAAGCAUCAUUAAAAUCUUUUAAACCUGGUAUUAAAGAUACAGAGAAAGAAGGAAAAACCCAGUGAAAGCAUCUGGAAUGUAUUCAGCAAGGCUUUCACUGGGACAAUAUCCCUUACUCAACCUCUUAGCCACAAAGAGUUCUUGUAAGGAAAAACUCCAUUUGACCAUCUUUCAGAUGGUAUAAAAAUUGAUAGUAGGUGUCCUUUUUGGGGAAAGGGAGAAAGAGCAGUUAGUUGAAAUAAUCUAAACUUGCUGCUGAUCUGCUUCCUUGAAGACAAGUGCACAAAAGGGGAGACAGGAAUAGCAGAGAGCAAAUGCUUGUGGCUCUGGUGGUGACUGUUCCUUGUAGUCUCGCUGCUGGAGAAACAGAGGUAGCAUGCAGUCUUAAAGUUAUCAGCCACUCAAAGUGCUGGCAAACUUCUACCAGACUGUUUAAGGCAUUGUUUUUAGGUCCCUCACUGGUGCACGGCUUGUAGCAAUGUUGCAAAAGAUGCCACCCCUGGUUGCUCAGACACAGGCUUGUUAAGUAGAAGCCAAAAGGAGAGAGAGGAAAGAGAAGUAGGUGAUGGGGAAGGAAAAGAGCACCAAAGUGGGGAUAACAGGAGGAACACAAUCUCACUGUCCAGGUGAUGGUCAGGAUUCAGUCAAAGCUGUAGACAUGGUGCUGUCUGCUGGUCCCCUGUCUCCAACCUGGAUGCCUUUCAGGUCAGGAAAUGAAGUCCCCAUGACAUCACAGUUGAAUCUUGGCUCUCAGGAACUGGAGGGGUCACUGGCCAUAAUGACUAAGCUCAUUCCCUUCAAUCCUGUUGCAUCCCAGCCCAACUGAUCCUUCUCUGUCCUUUAGUUAAUCACCUCAGGUGGGUGAUAGGAGGAAUAGGUCCUCCCUUCAUUAUUAGGUUAAUUAAUUAGACCUCAUUUUGAACAUCCCAAUUUUGGCCCUUCAGUUUCUAGUUCCAUUUUCCUGUUGAACACACCUGUUCUUUGGACUUUAUGGGUACAUCUACACAAGACGCUUUACUGUGUAUUAGACUAAGCUAAUGCACAGUAAAGCAUCACUGUCUGCAUGUGUAGGGCAAUUACUGCACAUUAGAUUAGGCUAGUGUGCCAUUUGCUAGU